CCCUUUCUAUUCCCUUCGUGCUGCACGAAACCGAGCACCCGAACCCUAACUUAAGCUAUCCGGCGACGAGAACCCGUCAGGAACAGGAGAGCCAGCCCCCGCGUCGUCCUCCGCUCGGGCGACACGGGAGGCCCCCCAGCCCUAGCGCCGCCACUCUCUCCUCCUCUAUUCCCCCUCGCCGUCGCCGGAGGAGACUGCCGAAGGCCGGCGCGAAGGAUGGCGGCGGCGGGGCGUUUCUCCGGCAUUUCUCCUUCGUUUGCUCUCUCGGUGUUCAGAUCUGAGCGGGUUUUGUGUCGGGCGGCUCAAGUUCCAGCCGCGGGGUUACUGGGGCGGGCGCAGUCCCCCGCGCCGUCGUCUUCCUUGUCCCUGGCGUCGUCGGGGGCUGUGCUCGGCGGUUCAACAUUUGGUCCUGCACUCCUGCAGGUGCAGCCAGUUCCAAAGAUGGCUCGUCGUGGAUUGAUGGAACAGGACUUAAGCAAACUGGAUGUGACGAAGCUUCACCCCCUGUCACCUGAAGUUAUCUCACGCCAAGCAACAAUCAAUAUGGGUACCAUUGGCCAUGUGGCUCAUGGAAAGUCCACUGUUGUUAAAGCUAUAUCUGGUGUUCAGACUGUUCGGUUCAAGAAUGAGCUGGAACGUAACAUUACUAUAAAGCUGGGUUACGCUAAUGCAAAAAUCUACAAAUGUGAGGAUGACAGAUGUCCGCGACCAAUGUGCUACAAGGCCUAUGGAAGCGGAAAAGAAGAUAGCCCUCUAUGUGAUGUGCCUGGAUUUGAAAACACUAGAAUGAAACUCCUGAGACAUGUUUCUUUUGUUGAUUGCCCGGGACACGACAUUCUCAUGGCUACAAUGCUUAAUGGAGCUGCUAUCAUGGAUGGAGCUCUUCUUUUGAUCGCAGCAAAUGAAAGUUGUCCACAGCCCCAGACAUCAGAGCAUCUUGCUGCUGUUGAAAUCAUGCGUCUUCAACAUAUCAUCAUUCUGCAGAACAAGAUCGAUCUUAUCCAGGAAAGCGCAGCGAUGAAUCAGCAUGAAGCAAUCCAAAAAUUCAUCCAGGGAACAAUAGCUGAAGGUGCACCUGUGGUGCCUAUAUCCGCCCAGCUGAAAUACAACAUUGAUGUUAUCUGUGAAUACCUUGUGAAGAAAAUCCCCAUCCCUGAAAGGAACUUUACCUCACCUCCCAACAUGAUUGUUAUUCGCUCCUUUGAUGUUAACAAGCCUGGUUCAGAGGUCGAUGAAAUCAGGGGUGGUGUAGCUGGUGGUAGUAUUCUCAGGGGAGUCCUGAGGGUGAACCAGAAGAUUGAAGUUCGCCCUGGCAUUGUCAUGAAAGAUGAGACUGGAAACAUCAAGUGCACCCCAAUCUACUCAAGGAUUGUCUCACUGUACGCUGAGCAGAAUGAACUCCAAUUUGCUGUCCCAGGAGGGCUUAUUGGUGUGGGAACAACCAUGGACCCAACUCUAACACGUGCUGACAGACUGGUUGGCCAGGUUCUUGGUGAAGUAGGUUCACUACCUGAUGUUUACGUAGAGCUUGAGAUCAAUUUCUUCCUACUCCGGAGGCUGUUGGGUGUGAGGACGAAAGGUACAGAGAAGGCAGGGAAGGUGUCGAAGCUCACCAAGGGUGAGAUCCUCAUGCUUAACAUAGGGUCCAUGUCCACAGGCGCCCGUGUGCUCGCUGUUAAGAACGAUCUUGCCAAGCUACAGCUCACCGCGCCUGUCUGCACGAGCCGAGGAGAGAAGGUUGCUCUGAGCCGUCGCGUUGAGAAGCAUUGGCGCCUCAUCGGAUGGGGCCAGAUCCAGGCAGGUACAACACUUGAAGUACCAGCGUGCCCGGUGUAAAGCGUCAUACUCAGACGUGAGCUGAAGUUGUGUGCAAAAGAGAAAAAAAAAUGAGUUUGUUGUUAGUCCUGUCCCUGCGUUACUGCAGAUCCAAAGUCCUGGGUCACUCUAAUUUUAUUUUGUUUCGUUCAAUUUUGGAGGCCGUUUGCAUUAUGAUUCCUGUGAACAUUACCAGGUCGGAAACCAGUAUUGUGAACAUUAUGAGUACGGCAUAUGGAUCAGCAUUUGCCAAUUUCUUCUUUCGCACCAAAAUUUAGACUUGCCUUCAUAUGGUUUGUGCCUCAAGAAGUGGCUGUAUGCCUGUAUAUAUAAGACUGUCUGCAACUCUCUAAA